AUGGGGCUCGAGCCAAUCGUGGAAGAGUUAUACGGGGCAAUUACCGGACUGAUUUCUGCGGCGCACAGAGCCAAUCCAGUCCUACCCACCCACUCCGCGUACAUUAAAAACAAGUUACUGCUGUAUGAUAUACAGGCCGCCUUGCGGUAUUUCGCUAAGCAAGGAAUUGGAUUAAGUGCAUGUCAGAUGAUAGUCGAAGAUGGUCACAAAGACCAGCGUGUCUUCGAGCAUGUCAUGCCUGAACGGGCUCGAGAAGAUCUAAGGGCGAUUUAUAUGCGGAUCUUUGAAUCGGAGGAGGCGAAAAAAAAGCUGAGAACAUUCAAACUAGAUCCUGACGAGGUCUUCACAAUGAUGGUUGAUGCAGGCGAGCGUCCAGGGGUUGAAGGCGAUCAUUUCACGACAACUUCCGCAUCCCCAAGCCUGGAGAAGUUGGACACGUUUAUCAAAAAGUACAGCUCGCGUCACCAGACGAAGUACACGAUGCUGGGAACGCUCAGGACAGGCAUCGAUGACCCGGACGCACCCGUAUCUUUCGUGUUGAUUGCGAUAUCCGACUCUGUCCGCGGAGAUCCAGCAGAGCGCGUACAACAGAAGUUGUUCGAGGAAUGGCAAUGUGAUGAAGGCAUACCGGUCGAGUGA